AUGACGGCUACGCAAGCGGCCGAUGACGGCGAAUACCCAGUCAAGCUGUUUGUCUAUGACCUUUCAAGAGGCAUGGCGCGAUCGAUGUCGAUGCCUUUGACUGGUCGACAGAUAGAUGGUAUUUGGCACACAAGCAUUGUUGCAUACGAUCGCGAGUACUUUUUUGGUCAAGGAAUUUCGAUCGUCUAUCCAGGCACCUCUCACCACGGAGCACCGCUCGAGACCUAUGACCUCGGUACCACCACGAUCGACCGUGAGACGUUCGAGGGUGCGCUGCUCCCCGACUUACGCGACCGUUUCCGUCCCCAAGACUACAACCUGCUGUCUUGGAAUUGCAACAACUUCUCGCAAGAGGUUGCGAAAAUUUUGACGGGCGCUGAUAUUCCUGCACACAUUCGCUCUCUGCCGCAAGAUUUCCUCAGCACCCCUUUCGGCCAGAUGCUGCGACCUCAGAUCGAUACCAUGUUCAGCGCACCCUCUGCUAACAUCCCAGCUGCUUCUGACAUCAAUACACCGGAUGGCAUUGGUGGCCAACUACUGAACCAGGUCGCUUCUCGCGCAUAUACAGGCAACACAUCGAUGGAGCAAGGCUCACCUUCCAAGGCAUCUUCUUCAGAUCCCGUCCAUCAUAUUACCAGCAGCGUACAGCUCGACGAGGUCGUAUCAGUCUUUCCUUGCGUUGCUGUGCUUUUCACCUCAGAGUCGUGCCCUCCGUGUCGAAUCAUCAAGCCUGUCUUUACGGAUCUGGCCCACCAUUAUCACGUCGACGAGUCCAAGCCAGGUAACCACAAAAGAGUAGCUUUUGUGCAGGUGGACUCGAACGCAUCUACGUCGAGCGUGUUUGCGCAAUCAAAUGUCACGGCGACACCGACUGUCAAGCUCUACACGUUCGGGAAAGAGUCGGGACAGGUUAAAGGUGCCGAUGUUGGUGAGCUCCGAAACGCAGUCGACACGAUGCUGUUCGAGGCAUAUCCAGCUCACCCGCAUGCCCGUCUCUCGAAGCCGCUCAAAUCUCUUGAUUCCAUCCCAGCUCAGCCACAUACCUACUCUUCCACGCCCAACCUGAGCUCGCUGCUUCUGAAGCUGGACUCCACCAUUGCACAGCAUCCUGCUAAGAGCUUCGCCGAGAAAGCUGAUCUUCAAGUGAUACGCAAGGUGAUCGCCUCCAAUUGGAUUCCGUGGCUCGAGGCGACGUGCGUCAGCAAAAGCGAGAAGCCGGCCCUUGGGAAUCUGCCUGCCGAAGCAUCCAAGGUCGCCAAGCAGAUUUCUGAAAUCCUGCCGCUCGACUCGAUCUUUCCAGUUCUUGACCUCUUCCGGCUGUCGGUGCUGAACGAGUCUUUCGUAACUACAGCAUUUCGACACCCUGCUGUUGCUGAUCGCAAAGAUGUCAAUGGCAUCACACGCCUCUUGUCGCUUGUGUCCGACUUGGCCUACAGGGGCGAGUGGUCUGCGAGCCAGCGUCCUUUGCUGCUCACCGCUGCUCGUCUUUUGACCAAUCUGGCAGCGUCAGCUCCCUUUGUCCAGAUCAUCGAGUCACACGAGAACGUUCGCAGUCUCGCCCAGGAGCUCACGACCAGCCUGCUGCUGUGUCCCUAUGCAGGGGUACGCAGUGCUGCGGCCACGUGCGCCUUUAAUCUGGCACUUCACCAGCAUGCCGAGCGAGCUGAUUGGAUCAACCAGGAUCCGCAAGCUCCACCAAUGCUCGGCAGCCGUCUGGGGGAAAUGUGGGAAUCAGAAUUGGCUUCGGCACUGUUACAGGCCAUUAUCAACGAGUCAGAAUCCGAUGAGACGCUAUAUCGACUUGUCGCUGCUCUUACGCUACACAUCCAUCUUUCGCAAUACUGGAAAGAUAGCGUUGGACCGAUGUUGCAGGUUUUGGACGCCCAAAACGCAAUGUCCAACACGCUUUGCAGUCAGCUGGUCAUCCACUCGCCAAAGAAGCAAGAGCUGUCUCGGCUAUUGGACGACCUUAUCGUCCUCUUGUCGUCGGAGUGUGCCGGAUAA